AUGACAAAUGCUCAUAUUGAACCACAUGCAGAAACCAACAUCCAUAUGCAUCCUAUCUUAGAUACUUUUGUUUUUUACUUUACAUCAUUACCAAAUGCCGAGCUGGCAACCAUACUUACUUAUAUUAUAUCAUUCAGUUUUGUAUCAAAACUUGCCAUCAAUCAUGUUAAAAAACACUUCAGAAACUACAGUCUAAUGUCGUGCUAUGAAUUCGUAUUUAAAAGCGUAUUCAUCAUAGUUCUGAGAAUCAUUUGCACACUCAUGUGCUAUAUUAUUUAUAUUCACCUCAGAAUCGAAUGCUUGAAAAUCUCAUACUGCAUAAUACUAAUGAUGGUCCCACUAGGACAGUUCGUAUAUUAUCUGAUGACAGAUUUCAAAUCAAUCGCUGUGCCUAGUUUUCUCAGACUUUUAGCUUCAUCAAGACUUUCUAUGUUCAUUUUUUGGGGUUUAAGCCUUGCAGAACUUUUGUUAUUUUAG